AUGACGGACGCUUUAGCAUCUCAGCUCAAUAAAACCUCUCUCAGCGACGGACACGAUGAAACAAAUUGGAAGAACUCUCUCAAACUCCCAGCCAAGGACCAGAGACAACAAACCGAGGAUGUCCUGGCCACCAAAGGCCUCGAGUUCGAAGAUUUCUAUAUUAAGCGUGAACUCAUGAUGGGUAUUUUUGAAGCUGGUUUCGAAAAGCCAUCUCCCAUUCAAGAAGAGACCAUUCCAGUCGCCCUUACAGGCAGAGAUAUAUUAGCAAGAGCAAAGAACGGAACCGGCAAGACCGCCGCCUUUGUCAUUCCCACACUUGAACGGAUCAAUCCGAAGAAUCCCAAGACACAAGCUCUUCUCCUCGUUCCAACUCGAGAACUCGCCCUGCAAACAUCUCAAGUCUGCAAGUUACUUGGGAAACAUCUGGGCAUCAAUGUCAUGGUCACCACUGGUGGCACAGGUCUGAAAGACGACAUUAUAAGAUUGGGGGAACCAGUCCACAUUAUCGUCGGCACACCCGGUAGAGUCCUCGAUCUCGCUAGUAAAGGUGUCGCCGAUCUUUCUGAAUGUCCCAUAUUUGUCAUGGAUGAAGCCGACAAGCUUCUAUCUCCAGAGUUCACUGUUGUCGUCGAGCAGUUACUCUCCUUCCAUCCCAAAGAUCGCCAGGUUAUGCUCUUCAGUGCGACCUUUCCGAUGAUUGUCAAGUCAUUCAAGGACAAACACAUGCGGAACCCUUACGAAAUAAACCUGAUGGACGAGUUGACCCUGCGUGGUAUCACUCAGUAUUAUGCUUUUGUCGAAGAGAAACAAAAGGUCCACUGUCUCAACACUCUGUUCUCUAAGCUCCAAAUUAAUCAAUCCAUUAUUUUCUGCAAUUCAACCAAUCGUGUCGAGCUUUUGGCUAAAAAGAUUACCGAGCUUGGUUACUCUUGCUUUUACUCUCACGCAAAGAUGCUGCAACAAAAUCGAAACAAGGUCUUCCACGAUUUCAGGGCUGGUGUUUCUCGCAAUUUGGUCUGUUCCGAUCUUCUUACCCGUGGUAUUGAUAUUCAGGCGGUAAACGUUGUCAUCAACUUCGAUUUCCCCAAAAAUGCUGAGACAUAUCUUCAUCGUAUCGGUCGCUCCGGUCGAUUCGGUCACCUCGGUCUAGCUAUCAACCUGAUCAAUUGGGAUGACCGUUUCAACCUCUACAAGAUCGAGCAGGAAUUAGGAACCGAAAUUCAACCUAUUCCACCGUCCAUUGACAAGAGUCUCUACGUUUACGACAACCCUGAGAACAUUCCUCGAUCAAUGCCCCCUCCAUCUCAGCCCUCCAGGCCACUCCCACCCAACGCUUCUGGACCAUUCCAAUCGGCAGGAGCACCAGCAGGAGCAGGACAGAAUGGGCAAGUCCAAGGCCAAACCCGCAGACCACAAACCUAUUCCAAUGGAUAUGGACAGCAGUACAACAAUCAGGGCCGAGGCGGGUACAGAGCAAGGGGUCGUGGACAAGGCCCACGUGGUCGAGGCGGUCAUCCCCAGCAGGCAGGAGCACCUGUUCAAGCCGCUCAGUAG